AGGUGCUCACGCCACCUGCGCGCUCUUUCUCAAACCUGCCAGUACAGUUUAGACAGCGAAUGGAUUAAGUGGCUGAGAUUUAGAUGCGGCGGUUUUCUACUUAGCGCCUACGCUUGGGGUUCAAAGCAUUCUAGAGAUCAGGAACUCUCGUGUAUGAUAGAGGAAUUAUUUUUAACUUAAACAUUUAUUUGUGAUUUGCAAGCACUCGUCUACUUUACUUACGAUUGUUCAUUGCUAAUUAAGUAAUAGUGCAGUAGAAAAUGAUGAGCAAAUUAUACUUUCGCCAUAGAAUAGUUUAAAUACAAUAAGUAAUUGCGUGUAGAAAUUAAUGCACUUGGUUUAAUUUUUAAAAUAUUGUCGACAUUUCAAAACAAAGGCGUUUUUCUGUUAAAAAAAAGUUUACAUAAGUUAAUAAGAAAGGGUCAUACCAUCCUGUUUGUUGACUGAAAUGCAAAUCAGAAGCGAGCUAUUACUUGCCUUAUUUGUGGUAUUCGGGAGCGUUUCGGUAGUGUUUGCAGAGGACGAUGUUAUACGUUCCGAAACUGCGGGAGAAAGUCUAGAUUUUUGCUACCUGAUCCGCAGAAGUGCCUCUAGACCGGGGCACAUGUAUUACAGCUUCCUGAGACGGACUCACUUCGGCUCACUGCUGCUUUAUCAGAGCACCUGGACCGAGGGCCAGCGGCUGGCGGAUUGCGCUGCUAGCGGGGACAAGACUCUUACCGACAGCUACUGGUCUCUCUGCAGGGCAGAAGGCAGAAGCAACUUCUCCAGUAUCCCCGAUCCUCGCAUCGAUACUAGCCUUCUGUUUGGACCAGGCAGUCCGUGUGUGACAAAGCCUGUAAUGGACGUUGGAGGGAAUUCUGCUCAGCGAGCGAAGCGGGAUCUGGAGACUUUAAAACAAGGGCACACGGCGGCUUCUUCACCAAGUGAAACGCCACGAAGGAAGAAACGAGGGUGGUUUAUACCUGGGACUCUCUGGUGUGGCACCGGGACAAGUGCCGCGACCUAUGGAGAUUUAGGAGUCUUCGAGGAAACUGACACGUGCUGUCGAGAGCAUGACCAAUGUGAGAACACAAUAUCCUCGUUCCAGAUCAACUUCGGCGUCUUCAACCACAAUCUCUUCACUGUAUCGCACUGUGAGUGCGACCGAAGGUUCAGGCAGUGCCUGCUGGGCGUGAACGACACUGUCUCCAACUUGGUGGGUUACGGCUUCUUCAAUGUCCUGAAGGUCCCGUGCUUUGUGUUUGAGCCCAAGCUGCAGUGCGUCCAGAUGUACUGGUGGGGCGGGUGUAAGUCGUCAAAGAUCGCCCCAUUCGCCACCUUUCAGAAGUCGGUAGCGUACAAUUCUACACACCCGGCGGAGGAGGAGCAGCACAUGGGCUGGUGGCCGCAGGCCAGGGGGUCUGGUGUCCAUGGCAACAGCACCAGCACACCAGCUCCCCCUGCAGGCAACACCACAACCGGCAAGCCGGCUGGCAGACCCCAGCCUGCCAGGAAAUGCAGGCCGAAACACAGGCACAAGAGCAAAACCGUGGGCGACCUCAACGCGGUGACCGACAAAGAGCGAGGCGGCGCCCGGCCGAAGGGCAGCAAGCGGAGUAAGGCUGUCCAGCCGGAGCCGCCUCUCCCUGCGUGCGGGAGGCCGGGGAGACCGACGGCCGCCGCAGGCACCCCGUCGGCUCCGCGCGCGGAUGACGCAGGAGGGUCUGCCCCCACCUCCACGCUCUCCAGCGGGGGCGGCUUGCCUUUGGAGCAGGGGUUCGAGAAUGCCUUGCCUACUCUUAAUCCCUGGGCUUCACCCAGCCACCCCCGGCCUGGAGGAGCUGCCCUCAAUCACCCUGAACCAGUGCAAGAUGUGAGAGAAAGACGUAAGUGGCAGAGCUGCAACUGCUACAAGCAUCUGGACCAGUGCAAGUAUAAAAUUGGCCCCCAGGAAGUGAAAUUCAGCCUGAAAAAUCCGGAGCCAAAGACACUCUACCACUGCAACUGCACUCGCAGGAUGGCCAGACGGGUGGGCAGGCUGUCAGAGUGGAACGCGGUGGAGUCUCUGCUGUCUGACUAUGUCGCCAUGUCCUGUUUCCAGCUACAACAGACUGAAAAUUGCAUGAAGCAGGAAGGGUGCGUGGCUGUGCUGUCACGGGCGACACACCUGAAGCGUGUGCUGAAAGAUCGCAGGACGAUCACCGGGGGAGCUCCCAAAGUGAAGAGACGGAGCGCAAGACCAGCGAAGAGCAAAGCCAUUCCUCGGAGACUGUACAGCAGAUGUCUGAGGAUCAUCGACUCCAAGAAGCUCCGAGAAUGACCAGACUGGCUUCCCUUCAGAGACUUGCUAUUUCUUUUAAGUGUACAUCAGUGUUUAUAUACAAAAAGAGUUUAUUGUUCUAAACAAAUGUGCUAUGGCUAAUGAAGACUACCAUUAAAGUUGAACAGGACGUUUAUUCUCCAAAACUGACAGAAGUGUAUUCUAAUAUCACAGCCACCAAAUUAUUCAGUUUCUUGUUUGCCUAUGACAAUGCAUUUUGGGCUACCAAUAUAAAAAUGCUAUUAAAAACACUGUAAAAUA